CCUCUUAAAACACCCCCCUCCUGUACAGGUAAAACCUGUCGCCGGAGAGGGUAAAUAAGACUUAGAAGGUUUGCACGGAGGGAAUCCAGAUCUAGUGACGCAGAAGGGAGGAUAAGAGCGCCGCACGCCAUCAGCUGGCAGGUAAUUUGCAAAGACUUCAUUGGAAGAUCAUGGAUGCCAACAACUUGUAGUUGCGUCCAAAUAACCAUUUUCAGUUUUUAUAAAAAUAAACAAAAAUUACAAAAAAAAACACACACACAGCCUCCUAUAUCUCGACAUGGUGGCUCCAGAAACUCCCCAGAAAUCUGAGAACGGGGGCAACCAGAAUGUAAAACCUGAAGAUGUUUCUGGAGAAACGGGGACCCCCGGCCACCAGAAGACAAAGAGCGUUGGGUUCUGUGAUGUAGGAAUGGUGGAGAGUCCUGAAACAAAGACAGCGGAACAUGCCAAAGAGGUCAAUUUGAUUGAUAUGGAAGGUGAGGUUUUAUACGAGAACAAAAAGGAAGAAACCACCAGUGGCACCACGGACAUUGCAGAGGAAGCCCUGAUUUGUAGGCAUUCCACACGCGAUGUUAGAAAGUGUGCCCACAGUUUUGUAAUGGGGAUUACAGACAUAAGCCCAACUGCUGUUUGCAACGUAUCUUGCGUUCUGUGCCGUGCCUGUCAAAAAUGUGUAGAAAAUUACAAUAUGUCUUCCAAACCCACCAAGAGCUUAGGUCAACCGAUCCCUGCAAAACAGGAAGAUGAGGGACCAAGACCAGCAACGGCAUCACAGACAGAAGAUGUUUCUGGAGACUCCGCUGAAUCCGCCAAGAGUUUAGGGCAAGCGAUCCCUGCAAAACAGGAAGAUGAGGGGACAAUACCUGUGACAACAACACAGACAGAAGAUGUUUCUGGAAACUCCGCUAAAUCCAAGAGCUUAGGUCAACCGACCCCUGCAAAACUGGAUGAUGAGGGACCAAGGCCAGCAAUGCCAUCACAGGCAGAAGAUGUUUCUGGAGACUCCGCUGAAACCAAGAGUUUAGAUCAACCAAUCCCUCCGAAACAUGAAGGCAAACGGUCCCUGCAGCACAGGAAGACGAGCAGCCAAGAUCUGUAA